AUCAGAGCCACUCCGUGCAGUUCCUGUCAUCUGCACAGAGAAAAGAGCUGCAAGGUUUGAAUGGAGAAUUGUGAUGGCGCAGGAUUUAAAUGGCACAGGAGUACAAUGUGCAGUGCUACACAAGGAAGGAUUUGCUGAAGGUUGAAAAUUUUGGGGGAAAAACACUGAAUUCUCAGCCAUUGAGACAACUUUCUUUAUAAUGGCAUCAUCCCUACACAAGGAUUUGCUUUCGGCUGCUAGAAACCACCUUAAGCACACAAAGAGAAUGUCAAUGAUGGCCGCUCUUAAUCUUGCUGCUGAAAUUCUGGCCGUGGACUGUGGUCUGAAGCCUUGCUUUCUUUACGACUAUACCACAUCGGGAGUGCAGCAGAUCUGCAGCUACCUCAAGGAACUUCAGCAUAUAGGCUUGAUUGUGGGCCAUCUGCAUAUCCUUAAUGUUGAAGAAAAUAUUCUUAUCAUUAAUGUAACAAAGGCAGUGUCUUACUUGGAAACAUUGCUACACAGCCAAGACUUGCAUCUCAUUGAUGUUUCUAAUAAUCUCAGUCAGCCAAUGUUGGUGAGCUCAGAUCAAGUCCCGCAGAUACAUGCUCAUAUUGCUGAGUUAAUUGCUCAGAUAAAACCUUACCAGAGUGGGCAGCCAGCCUCGGUAUCUGUAGGGGGUGUCCAGUCCCCCCAGUGGAACCUUUGUACCAUGUUUGGUUUUCUUCUUCAAUUCCCUUUAGCUUAUUGGUUCGACACUGCCCAAGACUUUGAGAAUUGCUUGUCUUUUAUGCCCUUAAGGCUCUUUACUGUCCAAGCCAACUGCUCUAGAAUAAGCCACCAGAGAGUACAGAUCUAUUCCUUUACUGUUCCUGAGUGCGUUUACCAACCCAUGCAAAUGCAUUUGGAGGACUGGAGCCAAAAUCUAAGACAGGCAUUUGAAGAACAAAAUCAUUUCACAGACCUUAAAAUUAUAACAGAUACUGUAACUCUGCCAUCUGUUGCUCUCUGAUUGGGUUCAGUAAUGGCAAUGUUAUUAUUUCAUUUUUAUUUAUUCUAAAUACGUUUUUGUUUUUUUUUUUCAAUAUUAUUACAUUGCAUGCUGUAUUCUAUGGACUGCCAUAAAAUGUGGACUAACAGAAACAUUAUACACUUCACAUGUAACAAGGUGUCCUAAUUCUACCCAGUGCCUGAGCUGCAUUCAGGUUUAUUAUAUUGUCAAGGUUGAAGAGAUAUUAAAGGUGCAGUUCUGCCACA